AUGCGUUCAGUCAUACUUUUCUGCCUCUUCCUCUACCUCGUUGCAGUGACCCAAGCUGCACCUACAACAAAUGCAACAAAUACUACUACUAACGACAGUUUAAAAGCCCCGUCAUUCACGACUAGAACCCUAUGGACCAUCAUCUCCAGCUCUAUUCUCACUCUUUUUGCAUGCAUCUACAGUGCUAUCCACCCCAAUAUCCCGAGUCCUAAGCACCGCGAAUACCCUUCUAUCCUAUGGCGACAACUUGGCAUGAUGAUCAUGGCACUAAUCGCUCCUGAAUUGAUCGUCGCAUGGGCUAUGCGACAGUACUUGAGCGCUGAUCAAGUCACAAAUCAGUUCAAGGACUCGAGGUAUCCCAAUGUUCCUCCUGAGUCUGAAUUAAAGGAGUCUGUUUCUGAAACUGAAAAUCGCUUCCUUCCCCGAGACAUUCUCUUGGCUUUCGGUCGCCUCUUUGUCCUGCUUGCUAAAAGCGUAUUAUUUGUGAUCGUGUCUCUUUGCCAUGUUCUUUGUGCUCCUGUGAGGUGGGUCGCAAGGUGGAUUAAGCCAGGGAAAUCCGAGUCUGACUGGGAAGAUUAUACGUGGACUCAGAAGCACAGCUUCUUUGUGCUCAUGGGUGGUUUCAUGCUUUAUAAGGACAGGGAACCCUCCCGUACACUACAGCCAACGCACAUUCUCAUACUGAUACGUCAGAGGUGUAUCGACGUUCCUACCCUGACAGCAGACCGGAUCGACGACAAGAGCAAGGGCAAUGCCAUAUCGAAAGGAGUGGUCGUGCUUCAGGUGGCCUGGUUUGUUAUGCAGCUCAUUACCCGCGCCAUCUAUCACCUCGAAAUCACCCAGCUCGAAGUGGGGACACUCGCUUUUGCGGUUCUCAAUUUCCUGACUUAUGCUGCGUGGUGGGACAAGCCUCUCAAUGUGCAAUGUCCACACCCAGUGCGCUGGAAGUCGACCGACUUGAAUUCAACCGUGAUACCGGAGGAUCAUAUUGGUAAGAUUGAACAAGAUAAAACCCAUCAGUUUAAAAUCUUGGCUCCAGUCUUACGCCCAAUUCUAGAACUGAUAGGCUUUCCUGGCAUUCCCACCUCGCGGGAGCUCCAGGUUCCAACAUUUGAUGGCAGCAUCAAACUCGGAAAUGUGGACAGGAUUGUUCUCGUGCUCGCUGGAUUGCUUAUGGCAACCAUAUUUGGCGGCAUCCAUGGUAUGGCUUGGUUUUUUGCCUUCCCAACACACCAGGAACGAGUACUAUGGUGCAUGAGUGUCGUUGCUAUAACUGGCACGCCCUGGUUUGCUUUACUCACUGCACCGCUCCUUGCAGCUCUGGACACACCACUUCUGAUAUUCAUCCUGCUCUAUGCAUUAUGUAUCAUGUUGUAUAUCACAGCUCGUGCCGUUCUCUUGGUACUUAUGUUUACCACUUUACGCGAUCUUCCUCCUGAUGCAUACAGGGCCGUGUUGUGGACUAGUUUGGUGCCGCACUUAUAG